CUUUGCCCCGCCCCGCCUCAGACUUGGGUUAAGUCACCGAGCCUCCCUGGCCCUGGGGUCUGCGUCCCCGCCCUGCGGUAGUGGUACCGUGACCGGGGCCUGUAGCUGGUCGCUCAGCUGCCUUGUUCCAGCCCUGCGUGACGCUCUCCUUCUAGCCCUUCGUAGUUUUUCUGCAUCGUUUGCAUCACGGAAGACCCUCAGGGCCAAGGGGGAGCUGCUCUACAGUUGAGGAAAAAAAAAAAAAAGGGACAGAACGGUGGCUUGACCAGGUUCGCGUUGGAAGUUAGCGAGGUCAGAGGUUGAUUGCUCCUGUCUUGGUGCCCAAAGUCCAGAGACAUAGCCAUUUUCAUCCAAAUACUCCCUCCGCCCCUCAGUCACAUUUAGGCUCGUACACGUAAGGCUGUCGGGAGAAUUCCUUCUUUCAGCAUAAGCUUGAGUCUGGUAUGCACUGGGCACUGACUUAGAAAAGUUUGCAGAACACCCGGAGGUGCUGCACACAUGGAAGACCCCCUCAUUCCAGCGAGAGUGUGACGCUUAGCCCUUGUCAGUCCCCCAUGGCCCCGUGGAGCCGAGAGGCGGUGCUGAGUCUGUACCGGGCUCUGCUGCGCCAAGGCCGAGAGCUUCGCUACACUGAUCGAGACUUCUACUUUGCUUCCAUCCGCCGUGAAUUCAGGAAAAAUCAGAAACUUGAGGACCUGGAGGCUCGGGAGAAGCAGCUGGAGAAGGGCCUGGUCUUCCUCCAUAGCAAACUAGGAGGCCUGAUUUAG